UCAUACUUUUGAAAUUCCAUGGACGCUGGAGCAAUAAAACUAACAGCCGGACAAUAGGUUGUGGACUCAAUUAUCUUCUUCUGAUCAUGUUGCACGCACUCCUAUUGUAUCUGCUUCCUAUUGUGUUCCUGGUAUCUCUUCUCAGAAACUACCUCUUCCUCAAAAGCAUCCCUGGCCCAGUGUUUGCCCGAUUUACCAAUCUCUAUCGAACGCGGCUCGUCUACAAGCGAAAUGCCCACGAAGAACAUCUCAAGCUACACAAGCGAUAUGGCAAUCUCGUGCGCCUUGGUCCCGACUGUGUCUCGGUCAGUGGGUCACAAGCCUACAUCCCACAGAUAUAUGGAAUCGGUAAAGGCCUUGUAAAGUCGGACUUUUACAGCGUAUUCCAGAAUAUCGUGAACGGCAAACGAGCAGCCAGCCUGGUGGCCGAGACCAACGAGAACGAACAUGCAAGGUCCAAACGUUUGAUCGCGCAUGCUUAUUCAUUGAGCACGCUAGUAGAGUACGAGGAGCUUGUCGACCGGACCACAGAUGUCUUCCUGGGUGUACUCGAGGACCGCUUCGCACGCGGCAAGUCGUCCGGUCAAGUGCUGGAUCUCGGACGAUACAUCCAAUUCUUCGCAUUCGACGUGAUCGGAGAGCUUACUUUCAGCCGGCGACUGGGCUUCAUCGAGUCGGGCUCCGACGUAGAUGGAAUCAUUGACGCCAUCGGCGCGAACUUUCUAUACUUUAGUGUCCUGGGACAGAUGCCGUGGCUGGAUGAGGCAGUCUUGGGCAAGAACCCGAUAUAUGUGCGCUAUUUCCGGAAGGCUGUAAGCUCCCCGAUCUUGAUCUUCGCCCAGGGACUGUUGAAGGAGAGGUUGAGGGAUCUGGAGCAGGGCGGUUUGGAUAACAACGAGUCCCUAGACAAGCCCGAUUUCCUCAGCAGGUUCUUGAAGGUCAGGAAAGAGCAAGCCGGUGGGAACCAGGCCUUGACGGACGCGCAAAUUCUGUCGUAUCUCUUCAUGAACAUCAAUGCCGGUAGUGACACCAUCGCCUCCACGCUCCGAGCAAUCUUUUACCAUCUGCUGAAGAAUCCUGCUUCGCUUUCCCACUUGAGGGACGAACUCGAUACUGCUGCAAAGACAGGCAAGAUCUCCAGUCCAUGUCCGACGUGGGCCGAAACUCAGCAAAACCUACCAUAUCUGUGCGCUGUGGUUAAGGAAGGACUGAGAAUGAAUCCCGCCUUGUCGCUGCCCUUGGAACGGAUCGUCCCCCGUGAGGGUUUGACGCUACAAGACGAGGAUGGAUCGCAGACGUAUCUCCCAUCAGGAACCGUGGUUGGGAUCAAUCCGUGGGUGAUCCACAGGAGUCCCACCGUCUUUGGAGCGGACGCUGAAAGCUGGAACCCAAGCCGGUGGUUGACCGAGAAAGAGCGAGACACGAAGAGUAUGGAACACAGCCUCCUAGCGUUUGGUGCGGGCAAACGGUCGUGUUUGGGCAAAAACAUUGCGUUGCUCGAGCUGCACAAACUUGUUUCGGCCUUGUUCUUGAAGUUCAAGAUCGAGUUGGCGCACCCCGACAAGGAAUGGAAGGUGGAAAAUGCAUGGGCAUUGAAUCAAACAGGACUGGAUGUCAGGGUGUCAUUACGGUGAUCACUGAUGAGCGGCUAUCAAUAAAUCGUCUUUGGCCGAAUUGAUUACCAGGGCUGUGGACUUGUUUCAAUCACUUCCACCAAGACUCUCAGAGAUCGCCAGAUAUCUUCGUCCCAAGAACCUCUUAGUGCCUCGAUCAGGCGCUGCCCGACGACGCUUAUGCUGAAUUGCAGCGCA